AUGAGCAUCAUGAACAGCUUCGUCAACGAUAUUUUCGAACGUAUCGCUGCGGAAGCAUCCAUAUUGGCACAUUACAACAAACGUGCCACGAUAACUAGCAGAGAAAUUCAGACAGCCGUACGCCUAUUGCUACCGGGAGAAUUGGCCAAGCACGCCGUCAGCGAAGGUACCAAAGCCGUAACUAAGUACACCAGUUCAAAAUAA